GUUGCAUUAAAGUCUUCAGUCAGGAAUCGAAGCUCAAGCAUGGUGCGACCACCAAAGGAUCGCUUUCCGCACCGAAAGCGGGUCAACCGAGCUGUGGGCCACCUGAAAAGCCAGGGAAGGAUCUGGCUGAGGCAUUUGAAAACAGCAUUGGACCAGUGUCGAGCCACCCAGGUGCGGGGAACGCGAAAGAAUUUCCUGCGCAACGGCUCCUUCCAUGAGGCAGUGGCUCCUAUUCUGGCUGUGGCCCAGUGCUUCUGCCUAAUGCCCGUGAGUGGUAUCAGUGCUUCCUCCUGCCAAGGAUUGAGAUUCAGCAGGCGCAGCUGGCGGUUUUGGUACUGCGUCGCGUACCUCUGCUCCACUUCGGUGGAUCUGGCCUUCAGCAUCCGCAAGGUGGCCCACAGUGUUUUGGAUGUGCGCAGCGUGGAACCCAUAGUUUUCCACGUGGGCAUUCUGAUUGCCUCUUGGCAGUUUCUCAAGCUAGCAUAUCUCUGGCCCGGAUUAAUGCGCCACUGGGCGGCGGUAGAACAGCGGCUGCCCGGCUACAAUUGUAGCCUGCAGAGGGCUCGUCCUGCGCGCCGCAUCCAGUUGGUGGCCUUCCUGCUGCUGUCACUUUCUCUGAUGGAGCACCUGCUGAGCAUAAUUUCGGUGGUGUACUACGACUUCUGUCCUCGGAGAAGGGACCCCGUGGAAUCGUAUUUGCACGGCACCAGUGCCCAGUUGUUCGCCGUGUUCCCCUACUCCAACUGGCUAGGGUGGCUGGGCAAGAUCCAGAACUUUCUGCUUACCUUCGGCUGGAGCUACAUGGACAUAUUCUUGAUGGUCAUGGGCAUGGGUCUCAGCGAGAUGCUGGCUAGGCUCAACCGCAGCUUGGUGCUGCAGGUGCACAAGCCCAUGCCGGAAGCUUACUGGACUUGGUCGCGCACUCUCUACCGAUCGAUAGUGGAGCUCAUACGGGAGGUGGAUGACGCCGUAUCCGGCAUUAUGCUGAUAUCCUUCGGCAGCAAUCUGUACUUCAUCUGCCUCCAACUGCUGAAGAGCAUCAACACGAUGCCCUCCGCGGCCCACGCCGUCUACUUCUACUUCUCGCUGAUGUUCCUGCUCAGCCGAUCGGCGGCCGUGCUGCUCUUCGUCUCGGGGAUUAAUGACCACGCCAGGGUUCCGCUGCGUCUGCUGCGCCUGGUCCCGAUUGAAGGAUACCAUCCGGAGGUGUUUCGGUUCGCUGCAGAACUGGCCUGUGAUCAGGUGGCGCUCACGGGCCUUAAGUUCUUCAACGUCACCAGGAAGCUGUUUCUGGCGAUGGCGGGCACAGUGGCCACCUACGAACUAGUGCUUAUACAGUUUCAUGAAGAUAAAAAGUCCUGGGACUGUUCGGCCUCAAAUUUUAACUAGAAGUAAUUAUAUAUUCAGGCAUAAGUAAAGUGCCAGCUUAUUACUGCGAGUUAUUCGAUAAAUGUCUUAAUAUGUUGAAUCACUCAUACGCAGCGUUGCCGUUGAAUAAAUUGGGCAGUAGAUGAGCAAAGUCCUUUGAAUACUUAAAUUUGUGAUUUGCUGCGCGAUAUGUGUGUCUUUUACUUGCCUCUAAUGCGUGAGUCGUCAGAAAGUGGCAUAGGUAAUGGCCAUUAAAACUCUAUACACUGUGCUACACAGUUGCAAGGCGUCCGAGGAGUAACCAGUUUACAUCUGCCCACUUUUUGCACGCGCUUUCCACUUUUCACAUCAGUUGGCGGCUGUUUUCGUUUUCAUUUUCAUUUGCGGACCAUUUACUUUGGUAAUCCAGUAUAAGUAUGUGAUGCAAUUGCUGGCCAUAAAUGGCGCACGCUUCCUAGGCACAUCGAAAUGCGUGAACAGCUUGGAUUCGAACUGAACCAGUUGGCCAAAUGCCAAUGCCGAUUGCUCCUCGACUCCUCAGCUCCUCAAGUCCUCAGUUUCACCUCCAGCUCUGUGAUGCUUCCGGUCAGCGGGUCUAGCCGAUGUAGUCCGGUUCCAGCCAAUUGUUAACCCAAUUCACGAGUGGAGUUCGGGGAUUAGAUCGCCGAUAGGAGUAUAUAAGGCCCACAAUCGGUUCAGCGCGCAGACACAAAUCGCACACUGAA